AUGCUCGCUAAAACAGUGAUUAUAAUCGCCGCACUAUGCAGUUCAAGCACAGCAAAAUGGCUCUGGUCGAACUCACCAGCCAGCACUUCUGAUGUGAUACAACAAGCAUAUCCAUUGGGGAAUGGACGCCUUGGAUUAAUGCCUGCUGGAGAACCCGGGUUUGAAUCAAUAAAUAUCAACUUAGACAGCCUCUGGACCGGUGGACCUUUCGAGAAUGCGACUUACUCCGGAGGCAAUCCAGCAAGCGACAGAUCUCACUCCCUUCCUGGGAUACGCGAGGAAAUCUUCCGAAAUGGCACAGGGAAUGUUGACGAGCUUCUUGGUGAAAUCUAUUCUUAUGGAUCCUACACACCGCUCGCAAAUCUUACGGUCGAGAUCGAGGGCUUACAGAGCUAUACUUCAUACUUUCGAGGCCUGGAUCUCGAGACUGGUGUUCAUUCAGUACGAUUCUCAAAUGAAACACAUAAAUUUGAUUCGUCUAUCUUCUGUUCUGAGCCGGAUGACGUUUGUGUCUACAAAAUCGCAUCAGAUUUACCACUCCCAGCAAUCAAGUUUGGACUAAGAAACGAUUACUUGAACUCUACUUUGGUCAAGACGGUCUGCAUUGGCAAUCAGCUUCAGAUGACCGGUCAUCUUGCUCAACCAGGUAUGCAAUUCGUCGGAAUUUCUCAAGCAGUUCAACCGGCUGCUGCCAAGUGUAUUGAGGGCUCCAUCAUCCUCCCAGAGGGGACGAUAGAUACUAGCGUCGCAAUUGUUGUUGGAGCUGGAUCCAACUACGACCAGACCCGCGGAAACAAAGCAGCCGGUUUCUCUUUCCGAGGCGUGGACCCAACUGCCGCAUUAAUGAAAACUGUUUCCACCGCGGCUUCACGUUCAUUCAAAGAUAUCUUUGCACGGCAUGUUCAAGACCACCGUACCCUGUUCAGCACAUUCUCUCUCAACCUUCCGGACACUUUCAACUCCAGCAAAAUUGAAACUGCGCAAGUCAUCUCAAGCUACAACAUAACAACGGGGGAUCCCUGGCUAGAAUCCCUGCUUGUCGACUACGGCCGAUAUCUCCUGAUCGGAUCAUCUCGUGAGAAAUCCCUCCCCGCCAAUCUCCAAGGAAGAUGGGCAGUGGACCAGGAUCCUGCAUGGAGUGCCGACUACCAUGCCGAUAUCAACAUCCAGAUGAACUACUGGGCUGCACCACAGGUCGGACUCGGGUCUCUACAACAAUGUCUCUGGGACUUCAUAGAACAGACGUGGGUUUCUUACGGGGAAGAGACCGCAAAAUUGCUAUACGGCGCGCCCAGCGGAUCAUGGGUAAUACACGACGAAAUUAAUACCUUUGGAUAUACUGCAAUGAAAAAUGACGCCUUGCAUAAGGACCUCUAUUUCAACGACGGCACAUUGGUGGUGAAUCCAUGUAACUCGCCCGAGCAUGGGCCCACGACCUUUGGAUGCUCCAUGUACCAACAGCAGAUAUGGGAGCUUUUCGAUCGCAUUCUAGCGACCUGGUCCGAGAGCGGUGAUGAUGAUCACGAGUUCUAUCAGAGUGUUGUGCAAGCCAUGACUCACUUGGAUCGGGGCAUUCAUAUCGGGUCUUGGGGCCAGCUACAAGAAUGGAAACUAGACAUCGACGUCGAAAAUGAUACUCAUCGUCAUUUAAGUGGUCUUGUGGGUUGGUACCCAGGAUACAGUGUCGCAAUUGAAGAAAGUAAUAAGACCAUAGCAGACGCAGUUGAGACAAUGAUGUGGUCUCGAGGUGAUGGAGAAAUCGACGCAAAUUCUGGGUGGGAGAAGGUUUGGAGAUCGGCAUGCUGGGCCCGUCUCAAUAACACAGAUGAAGCCAACUUUGAGUUGCGUUUCACUAUUGAGCAGAAUAUCGCAGAGAAUGGGCUUUCGAUGUAUUCUGGUCAUUAUACUCCGUUCCAGAUUGAUGCGAAUUUCGGUCUCGUUGCCGCUGUCACUGAAAUACUGAUUCAUGACCUGCCACAAGCUCACGGGGACCAGGGUGUUCAUACCGUGGUUUUGGGUGCCGCAAUACCUUCUUCCUGGGGAGGAGGCUCUGUAUCUGGGUUGCAGCUGCGUGGUGGAGGCUAUGUGGACUUUUCUUGGGACUCUGAGGGGGUUGUGCAACAAGCCUCUGUACACGGGCGAAUUAAAGCACUCAAAUUGCUGAAUGCGAAGGGAAAAGUGAUGGUGAAUUGA